AUGUUUCCCAGGAAAGUCCGUUUCCUGUGCUACCGCCUUCUGCUGGUUCUGAGCCUGUUCCUCCUGCUCUUCCGGUGGCUGUCCUCCCCACCACAGCACAGUCGCAAGGAGCUGGGAGCCUCCCCGGUGCCCAGACGUGUCUUCCUGGUGAGGCCGGACUCGGAGUGUGAUCGGGAGCCUCCCUUCCUCAUGCUUCUGGUCACGACCAGGCCAGAGGAGGUGUUGGAGCGAGCCGCAAUCCGGGAGACGUGGGGCACAGAGAGGCACCUCCAGACCGGGCGCAUCAGCACAUUCUUCCUGCUCGGACACGGGGGCAUGUACCAGAGACAGAUCCAGCAGGAGAACAAGUCCCACCGGGAUAUUCUCCAGGGGGACUUCAUUGACACCUAUUACAAUUUAACGGAGAAGGUGUUGCUGGGUUUGGAAUGGGUCCAUCGAUUCUGUCCUUCAGCCCGUUUCGUCAUGAAGACAGACUCGGACAUGUUUGUCAACGUCUUCUACCUGAGCCAGCUGCUGAGCAGCAAGAACACCACGGGUUUCUUCAGUGGUCAGCUCAUGAGGGACAUUCGGCCCAUCAGGAGCAAGGCCAACAAAUGGUAUGUCAGCAAGGAGGAGUUUGCUCCCGCCCUCUAUCCCCGCUACUGUUCGGGAACGGGCUACGUCCUCUCCGGAGACAUGGCUGGGAAGAUCUGGGCCGUCUCCAAAUCCAUUCCUCUCCUCAAACUUGAAGAUGUUUAUGUGGGCCUCUGCUUGACCAGGUUGGCAGUCUCCCCUGUCCCGGUGAGCAGCCGGCGGGUCUUUUUCACCCGUCAUGUGCCCUUCUCGGUUUGCCGCUAUCAUUCACUUGUCACCUCGCACAGGGUGAGUCCAUCUCAGCUGCGUCUGUACUGGAAAUCCCUGCAAGAGGCUGAGGUAUCAGAGUGCCCUUUGAUCCCUUAA